UCUGAUUCCUAGAACGCUGGCAUCCCUAUAACAAUGACACUUGUGUGAUUGUAUUGGUUUUUUGAUGGACAAACAUAUGUUAGAAAAAAGUAAAGUGAAGAAAAUCAUCAAACGUCAAACAAUACUGAAGAGAUUAUCUACCAACCGAAUUAAGCGAGUCUGCUUGGUAUUUUUUUUUGGAUAAUUUAUGACUGGUUUAAUAGCUGGCGAUAAAAGUGUUAAGUAGCGGAAUUUGUGCAAAUCGUCGUUGCAUUAUUGAUUUUAGCAUUUAAGUUAAGCCGGAUCUGUAGUCAACGAUGUUGUGUUGUUUGAAAUUUCUGUACGGCGGACGGAGUAGCAGUGCGAAUGUUGCCAUGAAAAUGAACCAAAACAAUAUACAGCUGGAUACAGCGAAUAUGGGUCAUGAAGUGGUGAUUUUGAAGAAUGGAUGUCGAAUAUGCGGUUCGGGUGGAGCCUUGGCUACGGCGCCAUUAGUUCAGUCCAAAUCAUAUUUUGAAGUGAAAUUACAGCAAAGUGGACACUGGUCGAUUGGCCUAGCAACACACAAAACAGAUCUGAACAAAUCGAAAGGCGGCACAGAUACAGAAUCGUGGUGUCUUAAUUCCGACCAUAUUGUACUGCACAACAACACAGAAAUUCACAAGCUCUCACUUCAACCGGCCGAUAUAUCAAGCUCAUUAGAAAAUAUUAACGAUGUUCUACCAGGUACAAAUCAUGAAACGGGCAUUCCAGCAGAAGGUGAUACAAUUGGCGUAGCCUACGAUCACGUCGAAAUGAACUUCUAUCUGAAUGGCAAGAAGCUUGAUAUUCCCACUUUGAGCAUCAAAGGAACUGUAUAUCCUGCGCUAUUUGUUGAUGAUGGAGCAAUUUUAGACAUCAUAUUGGAUGACUUCAACUUUGGUCCGCCGCCGGGAUUUGACAAAAUUAUGCUCGAACAAUCACUGCUAUGAUUAGCUCCUUGUAUGAUACGAACCAAUGAACAAAAUAUAAUUGAACAAAGACCACACUGCAUGCCAUCGGAGUCUAGAUUGUUGCUCUGCAGCAUCCAUUUCGCAUUGAUAAUGAUAAUUGUUUUUAAGUGUCUAUGCAAAUAAUUAACGGAACAGAACCAGAACAAAGUCUUACAAACUCGAAAUAACUCGUAUACUUAAUGAGAAUAAAAACAAAUGUAAUGAAUCUUGAAAUUGUAAUUUUUUCUCUCGCAAGAUAUAACAUAAUAUAAUGAAAAAUAUUUAUUUUAAUGUGCAAAAACAGAUGAAUAGCUCGUUGUUUUUCCCUUAAUUAAACGCUAUUCUCUGACAUUUUUUCGACGCUUUUAUUCAAUAAACUAGCUGGAAUGGAGCUCAAAUUCGUGUUAACAUUGAA